AGUUGUAAAACAGUUUUUGAACAGUAGCAAAUCUUCUCUUACCACAAGCAAACAGGUGGUCCUUUCGUGUCAACCAUGUACCAACUUCUGAGAUCCGUCCUGCCAGUGCUGCUGAUUGCAGCAUCAGUUCCCCGCAUCUGCAGUGGCGAUAAAAUGGACGAUAGUAAUUCCGGCAACCUGAUUGUGGGCGGCUUCGUGGUCAGCAUCGAUCAGGUCCCAUACCAAGCGGCCGUUAUCUAUAAUGGAAAGUUCAGCUGCGGUGGGAGCAUUAUCGGGCCACGCUGGAUUCUGACGGCUUUGCACUGUAUCCAAACGAUGGAACCGUCUGAGUAUCAAAUCGUGGUCGGCACCGAUGACCCCGAGAAUGGCACCAAGCUGCAGGUGGAGAAUAUGUUCGCACCUCCAUUCCUUAUCAAUGGCAGCGUGUUCGACAUUGCAUUGGUGAUGCUGCGCAAACGUUUGGAGUACGAUGAAAAGGUACAGUGUUUGCCGUUGUUGAAAUCGAUCGAAGAGAUUGCCGUGGGGAAGCCGGUGGUCAUCUCUGGAUUUGGAUCCACAGAGGAAGGAGGCUAUGAGACGGUACUGAAGGCGGCAAACGUCAACAUACUACCGUUGGAGGAGUGCGUAAAGGCGUACGGUCUGCUGAUCCACGAGCAUAUGUUCUGUGCGGGGUACAGGGAAGGUCAGGUGGACACUUGCCAGGGUGAUUCGGGCGGACCGCUGGUGCUGGAUAGUAAGCUGGCCGGUGUUAUUUUCUAUGGGGAAGGUUGCGCAAGAGAGCACUAUCCCGGUGUGUACAUGUCGGUACCGUGGUUCUACGAUUGGAUCGUUAAUACGGUACGCGAAGCGCCAAGUACUGAAGGUAAGAAGCUUUGCCACGAGCGUUCACUUGUUUUAUUUACCGUGUUACAAUUGGAUCCAGUUUUUGCCCGAACGCUGGAACUACGUCACAUCAGCUCCGGAGCAUUCACUCUUCCUCAAUUUCAAUUUUUCUUACCAGUAGUGCACUUAUACCGAACGUUAACGUUCGUAAAGCUUACUUCGUUCCAAAACCUACUGAAAAAAACCUUCCUGGGCGUAGUUUUGGCAGUCAUUUCACUCCGAAUCGGGAACUUCCUCAAGCCCGACGACAAUAACACCGCCAACAUGGUGGUGGGAGGCUUCCAGGUGGGCAUUGAAACGGUGCCCUAUCAGGUGGCCAUUUUCUACGCAGGAGAGCUACUGUGCGGUGGAAGCAUUAUCGGACUGCACUGGGUUUUAACGUCCUACCACUGCGUCAGCACGCGCAUUCCAUCCGACUAUGGUAUUGUGGUUGGCGUCACGAACCCAGAAGCUGAUGGUAGGAGGAUACAUGUGGAGGACUUCAUUUUCCCCGCGGUGACAGAGAGUGAUAAAACCUACGAUAUAGCGUUGGUGAAGCUGAACCAAAGUUUGGUGUACAGUGAAGCAGUGCAGUGUAUUCCGCUGCUAUCAGUGCAUGAUGCCAUUGGUCCCGGAAAACCGGCGUACAUCUCUGGCUUUGGAUUCACGCAGGACGGCGGGUCUGAAACUCAGUUAAAGAUCGCCACCAUCCAAGUGCUUCCGUGGCAAACCUGUCAGGAGGCUUACCCUACCCUGAUGCGAAAGUAUUUGCUGUGUGCGGGGGUAACGGAAGGUCAGGUUGACGCUUGCCACGGUGACUCGGGCGGACCACUGGUCGUGGAUGGUCAGUUGGCCGGUGUUGUGUUCUUUGGGAAAGGUUGUGCGGAUCCUAACCAUCCCGGUGUAUACAUAUCGGUACCGUGGUUCUACGAUUGGAUAGUUGAUGCGGUACGCAACCAGUCGAAUGCUGAAAAUCGAGAGCUUUGUACUGCAGCAAAACAGGAAUUAGGAACGAUCGAUGACAAAGAAUACAUUUAUCAUUCGUUGUAUUCCUUUCGUUUAAGUAACAUGGGCGUUCUAAGGCAAGCCGACCUGUUGGUCGUGAUGUUGGCAGCAGUUGUGCUUCCAUUCACCUGUGCUCAAAGGCUGAAGGAUAAAGACUGGAGCAACAUGAUAGUGGGUGGUAUGAAGGUGGAAAUUGAAGCAGUACCUUACCAGGCGGCAAUGUUGUUCUCGGAAUCGGUGGAAUGUGGGGGAAGCAUUAUCGGACCGCGCUGGAUUGUAACGUCGCGCCACUGCAUCAACCAGCACGAACCGGUCAACUAUGCAUUUGCAGUGGGCAGCACCGACCCAUACAAGGGCAAAAUAGUAAAGGUGGAGAAGUUCUUUGUUCCUCCGGAAUCGUCGAACGAUGAUACAUACGAUAUAGCGUUGGCGAAGCUGGCAGAAUCUUUGCAGUACAGUAAAUCAGUGCAGUGUAUUCCGGUACUAUCGUCCAAGGAUGCAAUCGUCCCUGGAAAACAGGCGUACAUCUCUGGCUUUGGAGUCACAGAGGAGAACAAUGCUGAAGUGUUAAAGGCCGCCACCAUCGAAGUGCUACCGUGGCAAACCUGUCAGCAAGUUUAUCCUGAUGUGAUGCGCGAGUUUAUGCUGUGUGCCGGGAUUUUGGCUGGUGGAGUGGACUCGUGCCAGGGUGACUCGGGUGGCCCGUUGGUGCUGGAUAACCAGCUGGCUGGAGUGGUCUUCUAUGGGAUAGGUUGCGGGGAACCAAACCAUCCGGGUGCGUACAUAUCGGUACCGUGGUUCUACGAUUGGAUUGUUGGCAUAGUAAGCAAUCAGUUAAGUGCUGAAGAACAAGAGCUUUGUAGCGCAACGCAAUGCAUUUCCUUUGAACACUAUUAUUCGCUGUGUUUCUUUCCUUUCAGCAAAAUGUGUGUUCUACGGCAAGUCGGCCUGCUGGCCGUGGUGUUGACAGCAGUUUCACUCCCAAACUCCAGCGCCCAACAGCAGCAGGAGGAACGGGAUGAUAGUGCGACCAACAUGAUAGUGGGAGGUAUGAAGGUGGACAUUGAACAAGUGCCAUAUCAGGCGGCUAUCCUCACCUUGGGACAGGUGCAUUGUGGUGGAAGCAUCAUCGGACCGCGCUGGGUUCUGACGGCGUACCACUGCGUCGACUGGCUCAUCCCGAACUUCUACGAAGUUGCAGUGGGAAGCACCAAUCCAUACGAGGGCCAAAGGAUCUUGGUGCGGGAGUUGUUUGUGCCUCCGGAAACAUUGAGCGAUCCGGACUUCGAUAUAGCACUCGCGAAGCUGGCCCAUACAUUGCAGUACAGCAGCACAGUGCAGUGCAUUCCGCUACUAAUAUCGGAUAGCAGCCUUAUUCCCGAUACUCCGGCGUAUAUCUCUGGCUUUGGUUAUACAAAGGAAAGGGCCAGUGACAAUAUACUGAAGGCCGCUCAAAUCAAGGUGCUUCCGUGGGACUACUGUCAACAGGCUUACCCGUACGUGAUGCGGGAGUUCAUGCUGUGUGCCGGGUUUAAGGAAGGUAAGGUGGACUCGUGCCAGGGUGACUCGGGCGGCCCGCUCAUCGUGAACGCUAAGCUGGCCGGUGUUGUUUUCUAUGGGGAAGGUUGUGCGAGACCGCACUUUCCCGGUGUGUAUAUAUCGGUACCGUGGUUCUCCAAUUGGAUUAUUGAUGUGGUGGAUCAACAGUCAACUGCGCUGGAAGGAGAGCUUUGUGCAGUGUAAAUCAUUUGACUUAAACUCCUGCAAGCACUGUGAAGCAUCGGUUCUUUUUGUAAUAAACAAUCUUGCUGAGAUGUAGCUUA